AUGCUGCGGACUAGCUCCUCAACCCUCUCAGGACACAUUAAGCUCUGCUUCCUGACCUUAGCUGUCUUUAUGAUCCUGGCUCAGACUUCCCCAGAGGGAUGGCUCAAAACGUGCUUUUAUGGACUGGGCAAAUGCAGACGUGAAUGCAGGUCAAAUGAGAAGAAGAGAGAGAUAUGUGGGGAUGUCACGGUUUGCUGUCUUCACAUAUCAAAGUCAAAACUAUCCAACAUACCUCUGACCAACCAGAAAAAGAAUGCUUUCUCAGACCUUACAUGGAAAUAUGGCCCCCAUGUUGGAAUGCCAAAUGUACCAGGCUUUUUCUUUUGA